AUGCUCAUCUUACUGGUGACGAUCGGUGCACCCUUUACCACGACUCUCGUCCAUGCCGACCCAAACGACUCGAUCCCCGAACUCUCCACUGCUACUGCCGUCCCCCGCUGUCGCUGUCUCCCUGACCAAGCCUGCUGGCCCUCUUCUGACGUCUGGUCUGCCCUCAAGGAUUCCGUUGAUGGAAACUUAAUCGCCACCUUCCCAGCCGCCCGCGAGUGCCAUGACCCGUACUACGACAAAGUCCAAUGCGACAAGAUCCAGGAGGGGUACAAUGACGAUAAGUGGCGUAGAUCUACGCCGGGUGCCCUUCUUCAGACCAACUGGGAGACAUUUCAUGGCAAGGGUUGCUUGGGAACGAAUCAGACAACUCCUUGUUAUCAGGGCGCGGUGCCUAUCUACACCGUCAAGGCUACGAGCAUUGCGCACGUCCAGGAGACGGUCCGGUUUGCGUUUGAUCAUAAUAUCCGCCUGGCUAUCAAGAAUACAGGGCAUGAUUUCCUAGGUCGGAGCACCGCGCCGUCGUCGAUCAGCCUAUGGGUCACCGCCAUGAACGAUAUUCAAGUUGUUGACAAGUUUAUACCCGUCGGCGCGCCGGCGCAAGAAUUCCAGGUGGAUGUGCCGGCCGUGGUGCUUGGACCGGGAGCCGUGUGGGGUGAUGUUUACAAGGCUGUCGACGCUCAUGGUCGGAUUGUUAUAGGCGGGGACCAUGAUUCUGUGGGUGCCGUUGGAGGGUUCUGUCUGGGUGGUGGGCAUGGCCCGCUAUCCCCGCGUCAUGGGCUUUGUGCGGAUAACGUCCUUCAGUACACGGUUGUUACGGCUGAUGGCGAGGUGAUGAUAGCAAACAAUUACUUGAAUCAAGAGUUGUUUUGGGCUCUGCGUGGUGGUGCACCGGGUUUUGCGGCGGUUGUUGAGGCUGUGUAUCGGACUCACCCGGCAUUGGAGAACAUCAACUAUUUCCAGGCGACUCUUUUCUCCAACGACACUGAGAGUCUGGACAAGGUCAUGCGGGACUUUUAUUCUCGCCAUGAUGCGUGGUCGAAUGAUGGGUGGUCCGGCUAUGCCGCUGCUAAACGCGACGUCGUGGUGAUUCAGUAUUUUCUACCUGACGCCAGCGUCGAGGAAGCCACAUCUGCCAUGCAGCCCUUCCUCGACUAUGCACGCUCGUUCCCCGCCGUGGCCGUCCUCGACAACACCGUCGAUCACUACCCGACCUUCUACGCCAUGUUCCAGGCCCGUGGGGACGCCAUGUUUGGCGAGAAGGCCGCCGGUAUCAACGCUCUCCUUGGCUCGCGCCUGAUCCCUCGCACCAUGUUCCAGUCAGAUCGUGGGGUCGAUUUGUUGUCGUCAACUUUGGUCAAGUUCCAGGAGGAUCUUAUUAAGAUCUGGCCCGGGGCUGGGUUUUUGGUCCAGUUUGUUGCCGGCGGUCAAGUCUCCCAGGGCAGCGCGGAGGAUACGUCUGUUCUCCCCGCAUGGCGCGAUGCACUGUUGCUCUUCAUUGGCGCCAUCGAGUGGGAUGACUCCACACCCUACGAGACCCAACUCGAAUACCAACGGAAGCUGACCAAGAGCGUCGGUCGUCUGCGCAAGAUCACACCCGGUGGAGGAACGUACGGAAACGAGGCCGACCCUAACGAACCCAACUGGAAGCGAAGCUUCUUUGGUGCCGCCAACUAUCCUCGUCUUCGAUCUAUUCAAAAAAAGUAUGAUGCUAAUGGUCUUUUUGUCUGCCGCCGGUGUGUUGGAAGUGAGGACUGGAAUGAUGAUCUUUUGUGUCGCAGAGGACGCCAUUAG